ACCUCCUUUAUACUUGAGGCCAAGCUCGCUCGCAGACGCUAGACAGUCCUCGUUCAGAGAGAGAGAGAGAGAGAGAGAGAGGCGGAGAGGGAGAAUGGCCGAAGCCACACCUUCCAAGCUGCUCCACCUCUUACAACUACUCCUGCUCUGCAUCUCCGCCAGCGAGGUCGCAUCCGCCGCCUCCUCAUCCGCUGAUUUCAUCCGCUCCUCCUGCGGCACCACCACGUACCCGGCCCUCUGCGUGAAGCGCCUCGCCGCCUACGCCCCCUCGGUCCGGCGCAGCCCCCGGGAGCUGGCCCGGGCAGCCCUCACCGUCAGCGCGGACCGGGCCCGCUCUACCUCCGCCUUCGUGGCCCGGUUCUCGGCCGGCGGGAACAAGGCGAUCAAGGCCCGGGAGGCCGGCGCCAUCCGGGACUGCCUCGAGAACAUGGCCGACAGCGUGGACUGGCUCCGGCAGUCGGCCCAGGAGCUAGGCCGGCUCGGCCGGCCAGGAUCGGCCGGGUUCAUGUGGCACCUGAACAACGUCCAGACCUGGAGCAGCGCCGCCCUCACCGACGAGAACACCUGCCUCGAUAGCCUGUCCCAGAACGGCUCUCGCACAGCAAGGGAGGCCAUCCGUAAAAAGGUGGUCGAGGUGGCCCAGCUCACCAGCAAUGCUCUCGCCCUCGUGAACCGGAUCGGCCCCAAGCAUUGAACCGGCUCCGUUGGAAUGUGUCUCUGCAACUAUGAUCUCCCUAGCUAGCUGCUGAAAUGGAAAUUAAUAUAUGCUACUCCGUCUGUCUUGUUGUGUUUCUGUUGCUGCUUGCUUAAUACAUACUUGUUCUGUUUCAGUUAGAAUGAGUAUGUUGAGGUAGUAGAGUGUAUAAUAUACAACAUUAUGGUUUUAGGA